AUGGAUUGGAAGGAAAAGAUAAAGAAAGCAAUCUCUCGGUCAAAUUCCGCACAAAGUAAGCAGAAGAAAGAAGAUGACAAUGAAUUGUUCAACGAGUAUUACUUGAAGUGGAAAGGACAAUAAUCACAAAGACAAUCCUUCUUCGAUCCAAGAUUUUACUACAAGCUUCCUUCAGAAGAUGAAAUUUUACGUCAGAAAUUACGAGAAGAUGCAAGAGCAGCUUUCCUACAGCGCAAGAGUCGAGAGUUACUUGACAAUGAUGAACUUCAAAAUUUGUGGUUUUUGUUAGAUCAACAUCAAUCACUACCUGCAGUCCGUGAUGUACAGAUGAUUAAUUACAAAGACUUCAUCAAGGUCAAACAACAAACUGGAGAAAAAUGUAAAAAGUUUUUCACAGCUACAAUUUUCUCCAAGCUUUAUAAUAAUGACCCAUUUGGAAGGAUAUCGAUCAUGCAAUUUUUCAACUAUGUAAUGAGAAAAGUUUGGUUACAUCAAACACGUAUUGGUCUUAGCCUUUAUGAUGUGACUGGUCAAGGUUUUCUUCGAGAAUGUGAUCUUGAGAACUAUAUCUUGGAACUUAUUCCUACUUUACUACAGCUUGAAGGCCUGGAGAAAUCAUUUUAUUCAUUUUAUGUCUGCACAGCUGUUAGAAAAUUCUUUUUCUUUCUUGAUUCAAUGCGAAAGGGUAAAAUUAAGAUUCAAGAUAUCUUGGCUUGUAGUUUUCUUGACGAUUUGUUGGAGCUACGUGAUGAGGACCUCUCUAAAGAACAACAAGAUUCCAACUGGUUCUCAGCACCUUCUGCCUUGAGAGUUUAUGGGCAAUAUUUAAAUUUGGACAGUGAUCAUAAUGGAAUGCUUAGCAAAGAGGAACUGCAAAGAUAUGGCUCGGGAACACUCACUAAAGUCUUCAUUGACAGAGUUUUUCAGGAAUGUUUGACCUAUGAAGGUGAAAUGGACUAUAAGACAUAUUUAGAUUUUGUCUUGGCACUAGAAAAUCGCAAAGAAACACAGUCUUUGCAGUAUCUGUUUCGAAUGCUUGAUAUCCAGGGAUUAGGAUACCUUAACAACUUUGCUUUCAACUAUUUCUUUCGGGAAAUCCAAAUGGAAAUGCAGAAACAUGGCCAUGAUCCUGUGUUAUUUCAUGAUAUUCAGGAUGAAAUAUUUGACAUGGUGAAACCAAAAGAUCCAUAUAAGAUUACUCUUCAAGAUCUUGUCAACAGUGGUCAAGGGGAAACUGUGGUAAGCAUCCUCAUUGAUCUUAAUGGUUUCUGGACUUAUGAAAAUCGCGAGGUAUUGGUGAUGCAGGAAAGCCAAGGAGCAUGUGAAGUAUGAACCACAAGGUACAAAAGGAAACUUUGGGAUCUGUUGUACAGAAUAGGGUGGGUUCACAGUAGAGAUGUGAAAUUGUGUAAAAAAGUUCCCAUGUAAAAAAGCAAUUUUUAUUGUAUUGUUGAUACUAAAUGCAAUGAAUUUGCUUGAUGUGCAAGUAAGUAGGGGUAGUUUGCUUCACUUGAUCAUUGUCAAAAUUAAACCAAAGCAGCAUGCACUUUUCAAAAAAAA